AUGGAUUUACUACACACCAUUGCAGUCGAACCAAAUUUCAAACUACAAGUACACCAAAAUGAAGAUUCUAUGUACUGUCGGAUAAAGCAAACCAUGCAUGAUUGUUUUUGGGAUAUAUUCACCAAGGAAAUAUCAGAGACCCCUCCAAAUCUGUCCCAGGCACCUUCCUUAUUGAGAGAUCUCAAAUCAGUGAUGGCAUCCAAUUGUGCCCCCGAGAGGGACGGACUAGUAGAAGGGUUAGCUAACUUUAAGCACAAUCCUGCUCUCCUGCUUAGGUUAAAUUGGGUUUUAGAACAUUUAAGGAAUCUUUUUGAAGUACUGACUAUUCUGAAGAUGGAUGUAGCUAAUUUCAACAUUACUACUCUGCGACCGUACUUGGUUCAAAAUGCCAUCUCUUAUGAACAACAAAAGUUUCUCAAAUUAAUAGAAAAUUGCAAGGUCGAUCUUUGCUAUACAAAAAUUUGGCUCAGUGAAGCUUUCAAACAAUGUGGGGACACACAAUCUAUAAGUAUUUUGAAUUGUGCUUAUGUAAGUCUGCUCGACGUGUCCUUAAGAACUGAGUUUACUUAUCCCGAGGUAGAAAUGUGGUUAAUUUCAAAGACACUUAUUCUGGAUGUUGAUAGGAUUUUCGACAUUUCAAAUAAAGUACUAAAACUUUGUUUUUUUGCAACAAUCGUCGAAUCAAUCAAUCAUUCUUCCAAUGAGAACAAAACGGCCAAUAUUAUUUCUGGGUUUUUUGAAAGUUUUGGGUCUCGCUGGUCGUUCGGAGGUAUGCGAAAGAAUCCCCAAGACACUGUCUCUUCUAUAAGGCAGAUCUUUGAAUCGGUCGACUGUGUUUCUUUGGAUGAGGAAUUACUGAAAAAUGUUUUGACGGACCACACAUGUGGAUGCUUCUCCCAGCUUUGUUUGUUGUGUGGUUUUGAUUUAUAG